AUGACCGGUCCCCAGAGAGACUUCCAGCCUGGAAGAACCUCCUUCCACCCGGUGCCUGUGCCUAGCAACAAUUGGCCUACCUCAUUCUCCCCCAAGGAGAUCCGUCAGGUCCAGACUAUCUACAGCAUCACCUUUGGUGCCACCUACACAGGCAAUAUUGGGAGUUUUUUACCGCCGCCCCGUUCCCCAGCAACUUAUUACCGCAUCGAUUCGCUCCUCCGCCUCUCCAGCACGGGCUACGGGCACCGCUCAUCUGACAAUAACGAAAAGCAUGCUCACCGCGCCACCAACUGGUUCGUCGACCAGAAGUGGCAUCUUGAUAUCAAGGAGAGAGAUGCUCGUCAAGCGGAGCGGAGGAAGGAGCACGAGCAGCGGAUGGAGGAGAUGGGGGGCCAGUGGCAGGGCCCUCCCUACUAA